AUGGAUGCUGAAACUCUGCGUACCAUCUUGGAAGCCCAAACCAAGGCACAGCAGCAAAUGUUCACCGAGCUGAUAAAGCGCAAGGAAAAGAUGGCCUCCGCUUCACACCCAGCCGUCCCAACAGCACCCGUCGCCACGGCCGAUUUCUCACGAAUUCUCUAUCGACACGCUUGCUUGAUAUCGUGUACGAUCCGGAAAAUGGCAAAAGCUCGACUAAUCGUCUCCAAACUCGACGCCGUCACAUAUGCCCGUUUCACGAACCAUAUUCUCCCUAAAAGAGCAUGCGAUGUUCCCUUAACGGACACCGUGGCUGUUUUAAAGGAACGGUUUGCACAUAAUACGUCAGUAUUCGCGAGACGGUACUCCUACCUCAAGAAACAGCGAAAUGAGGAAAUUCCCGGCGACUACACCGAAUUGGUCAAUCAGCCAAUUCGGUGUAGUCGCGUUGCCAUGGCUGCGUUCAACGACGUCAUACCUGAGCAGACGUAA